AUGCCGCCACCGGUGACGACGACGACGACGACGAGCGAUCGCGAUGGACGUCGAUCGCUCGCACGGUCGUGGUCGACGUCGAGAGCGUCGAGGACGUCGAGGGCGCACACGUCGACGUCGACGCAUCGGUGCGCAUUGUUCACCGUCGUGUUCACGCUCUGCUUGGCGUCGCGCUUCGGUUGUUCGAACGGGAUGAUCGUCGAACGGAGCGCGACGUUAUCCUCGACGAACGUGAACGAUGCGUCGGUGACGAUCGCGACGUUCGCGUUCGAGAAGGGGGGGACGCUGGGGGUGUUCGCAGAGGCGACGCCACAGGAAAACGCGGGCGAUGUGUGGGUCCUCAUGUGUCCGAAACAAGAGCUGAGUCUGCCGCUCACGUUCUCGAACGUGGUAGAGGACACGUGCGAGGACGUAAUCGUGGAUGAUUACGUCGCCACGCGAGGGUGUCGAGCCGUGAAGUUCAACGCGUCGUCGGGGGGCGACAACCGUAGCGAGGCGACGCUCACGGCGACGAGCAGGUCUAUUCAUCGCGUGGUGAUGGCCAUAUGCGGCGUGAGCGCGCGCACUAGGGUAGAAGGAAAGUUUAUUAUGCUUAAUCCGGGAGGAAAUCACGUCGGGUACGACUACGCACCGUCGGCGGACGUGUUCAUGGCGUUCAUCAUGACGUGGUCCAUCGUGUUCGGCGCCACGUCGUACGUUCUUUGGAGGAGACGCGACAAGGCGACGUGGCUCCAUCUCUUGUUGCUGACGCAGUUGAUCACUCGUAUUAGUUGGUUGAUAUCUGCGAACCGAUUCUGGGCCAACGCAGAGGCGACGGGUGAGGGAAUACCGCUCUUGGAGAGAAAUUUAGACGCCCCGACGGGAGCUAGUGAAGAGACGAGCGCGUUCAUUGCAUUGCUCUCGCUCAAUCAGUCCACAUUUUUCUGUACAUGGCUCAUGAUCACCUACGGAUGGCUCAUAACGAGGCGGUGGCUCACGACUUUUGAGGUGGCGAGUUGCCUCACGAUGUACUUUGGCUUGUUCGCUGCAAACUUUGUCUGUAGGAGCACAUCGGCGGCGUACAUGUUCAUCGGCUUCUACCUCCUUACUCCGGGUUUGUUUGCGAUGUGUCUGAAUAACUGCACGACGAACUUGAAGUCACUGCGCUUGCAGGAGAUCAUGCUGUCAAACUCGAGGAAUCCGCAAGAUGGGGCAAUCGUCGACUCGAAGGUGCGAAUUUUCAGGAGAAACCAAUUGCUAGUGUUUUGGUACAUAGCGAUGAAAAUUACCUCUUCGUUGGUCGAGUUGUUCCUCAAAGAGCACAUGUGGGCGAGAUAUGCGAUUGGCGAAAUCAUAGACUUCUUAGCGAACGCGGCGCUGACGUUCUCACUACUUCCAAAGACGCACAGCAAUCCGUUCAAUACACAUUUUAUCCGUGAUUGGGAAGCCAUGUUUGAGGGCACAGUCAACUCGAUCGCUGAUCGAAUCGCUUCACUCGGGCUGAGUGCAAGCGAGAUACCGCCUCCAGAGUUUUACAUCGCUCACGUCGGGCGCUCUAGGACAUCGGAUGACUGCGUUGUGGACAUCUGUGAAGACGCACAGGUCGAAAACCAGGGCGUCGGCUGCUUCCACUUAAUUCUUGUUGAGCAUCCGAGCGUGCCGGAGAAAGUGCUCCAGCAUCUAUCCAUCGCCGUACCAGAAUCCGAAAUCGAAGGUAACGCGACGGAAACACGAUCGGAAACUUGA